AUGAGAAAACCGGACGGCGGAUGGGGAUGGAUGAUCGCGUUUUCCUCUUUCAUACUCAACGUAUUGAUCAGCGGAAUCUGUCUUACGUUUGGAAUUUUCUUCCCGGCAUUCCUGAAGCAUUUUGAUGAAAGUCCUGUUGUCAGCGUCUUGGUGAACAAGUAUGAUAUUAGGAAGGUGGUCGCGGUUGGAACUGUGAUAACCAGUGGCGGAUUUUUCCUUGCCUCGUUUUCCCAAUCCCUGAAUGUGUUGUUGAUCUUUUACAGCAUUGCGGGAGGUAUUGGCAUUGGUAUAGUCUACUUUACUUCGAUUGUGACCAUUGGCGUAUAUUUCGACAAACGACGAGCCUUAGCUACGGGAAUAGCUGUUAGUGGAGCCGGGGUCGACGCCUUUGUCUUUGCACCAAUUACGGAGCAUCUUUUGGAAACAUACGGCUGGCGAGGAACAAUGUGGAUCAUGUCCGCCAUAAUUCUGAACGGUGUUGUCAUUUCCGCUACCUUUAGACCUAUAGGAACGGACAUGAACAGGGACGUUACAAAAAUAAAUAAUGUGUAUGAUAAGUUUGAAACCGGAACCGAUCGGAAUCACCGCGGAUGUUAUAAACAAUUCUGCUUACCAAUGAAAGACAUGUUUGACUUUUCACUCCUUAAGAGCCCCACCAUGUUGUUGUAUGGAGCUUCCUGCCUCCUCAUCAUGUUUGCGGUUUUUAUCGUGCUCGGAAGUAUUUUGAUGGCACAACUGUUGGGGGAACCUAGACUCAACAGUUCGUUCGGAUUGGUCGGACUAAGCAUGGGCCUGUCGGCAUUUGUGGGGUCACCUUCAGCAGGAGCGUUGUCGGACAUCAUUGGCAACUACAAUGUGACAUUCUACUUCGGUGGCAUCACUAUGGUACUAGGAGGCUUAAUUUGUCUGCUACUCAGACGGAUUUCAAACUGGGAAAUCAGUCGGAGAAAGGAUUUCAACUUAUGUGAUAGAUAUGACGAUGAUCAGAAAAACAAAAAGCCAGGUGUAAAAAUAGUGUCCGUCAAGAAGAAGUUAUCCGUAUUUACGAUAUCAGAUUCCACGACAGAUAUGAACUGA